CCGUAUCCCCCAUCUCGAUCUUGUGGUAGGUUACAUCCCGUGGUAUAAUGCUCUGUUUGCUGCUACGUUGAUGUGAUCAAGAGAUAUUUACUGCCCUAGCCACACUUACCUGAUUGCAUUACUCCUACGUUCAAGCGCCUUACCAACAUCCCGGAUCCACGGUCCUUCGUAUUGAAGCAACACUAGGGUGAGAAGGCGAGGAACCGGAGCGAGGUUCUGAUUGGGAAGCUGCACUAUACCGAACGAGGAGCUUAUUGGGGGAUGGUAUAAGCGUGGACUCAGAGGCUCUGAUUAUAUUGCAUGGAUGGUUAAGGAGAAAAGAGAGCUGCUGCACUAAAAACCGGCUCUGUUUCUUUUUGGAUAAUAUCCUUCCCAGACCUUGCAUCCAGGCCUCCUCUUUCCCUAACUAAAGGAAGCUACGUAGACUCCCAUCUGCUGAAAGAGUUGACAUGAACGAAGCAAGCAGCUCUCCUGUUCCCUCCACCCCCUACACUGACAGCACAGACAAUCCUGCUUCUCCAGGGCUCAAAGCAGUGUGUCUACCUGUGAAUGGCAACCACGCUGGGGCUCUCAGUAAAGAACCUAAUCCAGGGAAAAGUGCUGAGCUGCCCAAAGAUACUGAUGAGGGCCAGGGCUUCGGGAGUGAGCAAAACAGCAAUGGGACUGAGCAUCUGGGAACAAUAACAGAGCUAGCAGCACUAAGGAAUGAAGUGCAGACUGUGGGGAGAACGCAGGAGCAGCCAGAUAGAGAAUGCAGUGCAUCCUUUGGGGACUCCAGCUUCAGAAGCACACCGAAUGGCCUGCUAACAGAGUCGGGACAGCAAGACAGCAUGGAGGGUGAGAGGAGGCUAAUGUCUGCUCAUGCAAACGGAAUCAAUGGCGAGUUGAAAGAGGAUAAAAGCAUGAAUACUAACGUAGCCAAGGAGGACGAACACCCACCACAUCUACUAAAGGAAAGGGCUGCAGAUCUGAGCAAGCAGUCGACGGAAGAUGAAUCCACAAGAAACGCAAUGGGAGAGAUGGUACACGCCGAUGUGAACCCCGAGAAAGAGAUAGUUCAGUUACGAGACAACCGCGAUGGCUUCAGCUCCACGUUCGAAAGGAUUGUAGAGUCACAUCUGAUGAAAGACACCUACUACAGCAGCAUGGACUCUCUGGACGUGCUGUCGCUGACCGACGAGACGGACAGCUGCGUCAGCUUCGAGGCGCCUCUCACUCCGCUCAUCCAGCAGAGGAUCAAGGAGGGGCCAGAGCUCCUGGAGCAGCGGCAUGAGGUCCUGGAGCAGGAGCAGGAGCAGGAGCAGGAGCAGGAGCAGGAGUCGGGCGCCAGUCACUGUGCCGAGGGGAGCUACGGGAGCCCUCUGCGUCACUCCACCAUCACUAGCAGCAGGUCUGAGAACGUUCUGAGCAGGUCCUCCCUCAAGACCAUACCCAACGGGUUUCACAUCGAUACAGACGAGAUUGCAAACUCCAGCAGCGACGCAAACUUGAAGGAUGUCUUAUCGGACUCUGACUCAGAGAUGGGCAGUGUGGAGCAGCUGGAGCAGGGCAGCAUGGAGCAGCUGGAGCAGGGCAGUGUGGAGCAGCUGGAGCACGGCAGCACGGACACGCUAGCAAACGGCUGCAAGGCUGACACCGACGCUGCCCGCAGACUCGCCAAGCGCCUCUAUCACCUGCAGGGAUUCAAGCGCUGUGAUGUAGCGCGCCACCUUGGCAAGAAUAAUGAGUUUAGCAAGCUGGUGGCUGAAGAAUACGUGGGUUUCUUUGACUUCACGGGCCUGAGUCUGGACAGAGCACUCAGAACAUUUCUGAAAGCCUUUCCUUUAAUGGGCGAGACUCAAGAAAGAGAGCGCGUUCUCAUCCACUUCUCUCAGAGAUACUGCCAGUGCAAUGCGGAGGGUGUGACCUCAGAAGACGGAGUCCACACGCUGACAUGUGCUCUCAUGCUCCUCAACACGGAUCUUCACGGACAUAAUAUUGGGAAGAAGAUGUCCUGCCAACAGUUUAUAACCAACCUGGAUAGUCUGAACGAGGGAAACGAUUUCCCAAAGGAUUUGUUAAAGAUUCUCUACAAUUCAAUAAAGAAUGAAAAGCUAGAAUGGGCAAUGGAUGAUGAGGAGCUGGGGAAGUCCCUGUCCGAGCUGGUCGAUGACAAAUCUGACAGCGGAGUGAAGAAGGUGACGAGGAUCGUGUACAGCAGCAACCCCUUCCUCCACAUUCCACUGGCAUCCAACGCAGCUACCUACAAGCACGGGGUCCUGACGCGCAAGAGCCACGCAGACAUGGAUGGCAAACGAACUCCCCGAGGCAGGAGAGGUUGGAAGAAAUUCUACGCUGUUUUGAAAGGGACGAUACUGUAUCUGCAAAAGGAUGAAUACAAGCCUGACAAAGACCUUUCGGAAGUAGAUCUGAAAAAUGCCAUUCGCAUACACCAUGCCUUAGCUACAAAAGCCACAGAUUACAGCAAGCGGCCAAAUGUACUGAAACUCAAGACAGCUGACUGGAGAGUGUUUCUCUUUCAAGCACCGAGUGAGGAAGAGAUGCUGUCCUGGAUACUGCGGAUCAAUCUGGUCGCUGCGCUCUUCUCAGCCCCAGCUUUUCCAGCUGCCAUUGGCUCCAAGAAAAAAUUCUGUCGACCGCUCCUACCUUCAUCCACAACUAAACUUUCUCAGGAGGAACAGCUGAGAUCCCACGAAAACAAACUGAAGCAGGUCGUUGAAGAAGUGGAGGAGCACAGCCUGCACCCUCCAGAUAGAAACCUCAAAUCCAAAGAGACUGAGGAAUACCGGCUCCGAGAACACUACCUGACAUUUGAGAAAAGCCGAUACGACACAUACAUUAACCUCCUGAAGGCUAAACUGAAGGUACAAACUGAUGAUCUGGACAAAAUUGAGGCGAGUCUUUUCAGCAGCGAGAAUGAUGAAAGUUACUUAAGGAAGACACAGUCAAGUCCUUCGCUAAACCAAGGACACCUUUCUAUAAAUGGGAAAGCUGAAAAGGAGAUUGUGGAGCAGAAGUGUUAGGAAUAACACAGACCGCGGUGACAUCAAACCUGCUUCAGUUCACCAUGAGCACAAUGAACUAUGACACGAGACCCCAGCUGGGUGACUGUUUAACAGGGACCCAGCUGCAAACAGUAUGUAUGUUCUCUUUGUAUUAUGUGGGAAAACUGCUCUUUUUUAGUGCUUAUAUAAAUGACUUUCCACUCAUUCCAGUCUCUAUAUUAUACAAGCACGUUGACUGUUACUUUGUGUGCUCAAGGACACAUGCACAUUUCCAGCCAGGCUGCUCCUUGCUGUUGCAGCUAAUUCCAUUUGUGCUUGAUUUAUGGUAGUUACUUCCAGUGCACAGCUUUUGGCAGCACGGAGACACGAUUCCUUUUUUGUUUCUCUUUAUUUCUUUUCUGAAAAUAUUGUGUUGCAUCCAGCACAUCAGCUAGCAGCAGGACUGCAGUGUCACAGUUACCGAUGUUUUAACAGUAACAGAAAGCAAUUGAAACAGAAACGCACCACUAACUGCAAUAAGAAUGUUGUCAGCAAACUAAGGUUUACAAUUUACUGAUUUAUAUUUGACAAUUAUUGCAAAGCAAUGGGGCUAAAUCCAUGUAUGUGUUUUUAACCAUGUAGCAGCAUGGUUAAGACAGAAAGUGCUAACAGCACUGAGUAAACAUAUAAUUACAGGAUAAACGGUCAGGCCUACCAAACAAACCUCUGAUCUGGAAGUGUCUUGCACAAAAGCAGUUGUAAACCUAAAAUUAGAUUGUUUUUUCAAUUUAAAUAGUAUUUAUUUUAGAAUAAAGCUGAUAGUUGUGUGUGUGCUACCCCUCAUUUGGUAUUAAGGUUGAUCAGAUCCUGUACAUUUUCUCACGUAUGUGUCAUUCAUGGUAUUUGAUUUCCAAUUUUUUAUUUUUUUUCUUCAACACAACCUCGAAAUAUGCUUUUAGAAGUCAGAGCUCAGCAUGGUUCAUUGCAAUAUUAUAAGAUGCGUCUUGUUGGUUCCCCACAGAGCCUUUGUGAGAAAAAAGAUAAGAGAGUGAGACGAAUGUGUUUAUUACACCUGUGGAAGCAUCUUUGCUGACAAUUGAGAUGGGCUAGCUAAGUUAACUGCUGCUGCUAACGAGAUGGAUUGUGUUUGUCAUCACAAGGAAGCUCACACAUGCAUUCAGAUUGGGAGGGGUGUGCUUACACACAUGCAUUCAGAUUGGGAGGGGUGUGCUUACACACAUGCAUUCAGAUUGGGAGGGGUGUGCUUACACACAUGCAUUCAGAUUGGGAGGGGUGUGCUGACAGGGAAGCUCACACAUGUAUUCAGAUAACCCUAACCCUUAACCCCUAACCCCUAACCCACACAUACUCUUAACUCGUAAUGGCCUUUAAGAGGCCGACAUUUUACAUUAAAAAUGCCAACGAAGGAAAAUUCCCUUCCAAGCAGCUUUUAAAACACUCAAUGUGGAAGUUAAUUGCCAUUGAUUGGUACUCGGUUGUAAAGGUGAGGGAAGGAUAUCUUAUCUUGUUUUGAAAUUAACACACAAAUGAAUGGAUUUAUUCAAUACCUGCCGAUAAAUACUGCAUAACACAAUUACAAGUGUGAGUGUGAGUAUCAGCACCCUCCUACAAAUUCGUCUAAGUCUCUUACCUUUCAGCUUUUAUUUAUGAUCCAAAAACCCCUUGUGUGGACCUAACUAGAAGCAUCUUGCAGUACGCUUUAGUAGAGAAAAUAUUGUUAUAAACCUCAAGCUCAAGCUAAAAUAAGUUUCAAGGAUGUAUGAAAAACCAAACAAUAAUUGGAUGACAUAAAUCAUACGUAGGUGAAAUAAUUAUUUAAUUCUAUACACCCUAUUCAUUCUAUAUUUAAUAGCACCAUCCUAAAAAUCAUAAACCAACUGGAACAACCUAUUUCCACUGUAUUAUUAUUGUAUUUCAUUAAGAAUGACACCAGUUGAUUUAAUAUAGAGUUAAAGGAUUGAUUUAGAUUUAGAAAUGAAGGCCAUCUACAAUGUCAGGAAUCUAACAAGUGGUUGUUGGUGCUUAACCCAACCUAGGUUACAAUACAGAGUCCGUCUUCACAAUUAUAACGAGAGCUUGCAGAGAACUCCAAACCUGGGUUACAAUACAGAGUCCAUCUUCACAAUUAUAACGAGAGCUUGCAGAGAACUCCAAACCUGGGUUACAAUACAGAGUCCAUCUUCACAAUUAUAACAAGAGCUUGCAGAUAACUCCAAACCUGGGUUACAAUACAGAGUCCAUCUUCACAAUUAUAACAAGAGCUUGCAGAGAACUCCAAACCUGGGUUACAAUACAGAGUCCGUCUUCACAAUUAUAACAAGAGCUUGCAGAGAACUCCAAACCUGGGUUACAAUACAGAGUCCAUCUUCACAAUUAUAACGAGAGCUUGCAGAGAACUCCAAACCUGGGUUACAAUACAGAGUCCGUCUUCACAAUUAUAACGAGAGCUUGCAGAGAACUCCAAACCUGGGUUACAAUACAGAGUCCAUCUUCACAAUUAUAACAAGAGCUUGCAGAGAACUCCAAACCUGGGUUACAAUACAGAGUCCGUCUUCACAAUUAUAACAAGAGCUUGCAGAGAACUCCAAACCUGGGUUACAAUACAGAGUCCAUCUUCACAAUUAUAACAAGAGCUUGCAGAGAACUCCAAACCUGGGUUACAAUACAGAGUCCGUCUUCACAAUUAUAACAAGAGCUUGCAGAGAACUCCAAACCUGGGUUACAAUACAGAGUCCGUCUUCACAAUUAUAACGAGAGCUUGCAGAGAACUCCAAACCUGGGUUACAAUACAGAGUCCGUCUUCACAAUUAUAACAAGAGCUUGCAGAGAACUCCAAACCUGGGUUACAAUACAGAGUCCGUCUUCACAAUUAUAACAAGAGCUUGCAGAGAACUCCAAACCUGGGUUACAAUACAGAGUCCAUCUUCACAAUUAUAACAAGAGCUUGCAGAGAACUCCAAACCUGGGUUACAAUACAGAGUCCGUCUUCACAAUUAUAACAAGAGCUUGCAGAGAACUCCAAACCUGGGUUACAAUACAGAGUCCAUCUUCACAAUUAUAACGAGAGGUUGCAGAGAACUCCAAACCUGGGUUACAAUACAGAGUCCAUCUUCACAAUUAUAACGAGAGGUUGCAGGGAAUUGUGAUGCCCACACAGUCCAUGGGAUAUGAAUAACUGAGAAAGCCUCCUAGGUAGUUGACUGCUUGGACUAUCCAGGAGAGUUUAUCUUUUAACCCAGCCCUUCACCUCAACCCAUCCUUCCCAGCCACUAACCAGAGCCCAUAGCCUUGAGGUUAGCAAACUGGUCUAAAGUUAUGUUUAUUUUAUAUUUAUUGUUGUUUUUUUAUUAUUAUUAUUUUGCAGAGAUUAAUGAUUUGUGGAGCUGAGAAUAAUAUGUACUUUUUUUUCCGUUUUACUCAAUCUCAUUUUGGAAUCCACAAUAUGACCUGUGAAUUUCAAUGUGCCAAAUGAUACUGCUUUCCUAAGCAGAUGCAAAGUUUGAAAGUAAUUCUACAAACUAGUAAGCCACACGAGGGGGGGGGGGGAGUCCUGGAAUAGCCUUGAUUUACUUGAUAUAUUACAGCCACAUGAGGAGGGGGCAGUCCUGGAAUAGCCUUGAUUUAUUUGAUAUAUUACAGCCACACGAGGAGGGGGGAGUCCUGGAAUAGCCUUGAUUUAUUUGGUAUAUUACAGCCACACGAGGAGGGGGGAGUCCUGGAAUAGCCUUGGUUUAUUUGGUAUAUUACAGCCACACAAGGAGGGGGGAGUCCUGGAAUAGCCUUGAUUUAUUUGGUAUAUUACAGCCACACGAGGAGGGGGGAGUCCUGGAAUAGCCUUGAUUUAUUUGGUAUAUUACAGCCACACGAGGAGGGGGGAGUCCUGGAAUAGCCUUGAUUUAUUUGAUAUAUUACAGCCACACAAGUAGGGGGGAGUCCUGGAAUAGCCUUGAUUUAUUUGAUAUAUUACAGCCACACAAGGAGGGGGGAGUCCUGGAAUAGCCUUGAUUUAUUUGGUAUAUUACAGCCACACGAGGAGGGGGGAGUCCUGGAAUAGCCUUGAUUUAUUUGGUAUAUUACAGCCACACGAGGAGGGGGGAGUCCUGGAAUAGCCUUGGUUUAUUUGAUAUAUUACAGCCACACAAGUAGGGGGGAGUCCUGGAAUAGCCUUGAUUUAUUUGAUAUAUUACAGCCACACGAGGAGGGGGGGGGGAGUCCUGGAAUAGCCUUGAUUUAUUUGGUAUAUUACAGCCACACGAGGAGGGGGGAGUCCUGGAAUAGCCUUGAUUUAUUUGGUAUAUUACAGCCACACAAGGAGGGGGGAGUCCUGGAAUAGCCUUGAUUUAUUUGAUAUAGUACAGCCACACGAGGAGGGGGGAGUCCUGGAAUAGCCUUGGUUUAUUUGAUAUAUUACAGCCACACAAGGAGGGGGGAGACCUGUGUGGUCCAGUGGUUAAAGAAAAGGGCUUGUAACCAGGAGGUCCCCAGUUCAAAUCCCACCUCAGCCACUGAUUCAUUGUGUGACCCUGAGCAAGUCACUUAACCUCCUUGUGCUCCGUCUUUCGGGUGAGACGUAGUUGUAAGUGACUCUGCAGUUGAUGCAUAGUUCACACACCCUAGUCUCUGUAAGUCACCUUGGAUAAAGGCAUCUGCUAAAUAAACAAAUAAUACCCCAGGUAAUUCAGAGAGUCUGUUACUGACAAGUCUCUCACUCAGUUGUUUAUUUUUAGAAAAGAAGAAAAAACUAGGGUUGUGAUUAUGUUGGUGUUUUUUGAAGAUCUUUUUGAGAUCUUGACGGAUGGUGGGAAAUGCUUUUCAGAACACUACAGUUGCUUCUGUUUUUAUUAAAUGCCGCUUUUGAACUGCAGAACCUAAUUCAAGAAUCAAAACAUGUUUUUAGUGUAAAUCAUCAGCUGUCCAUUCUGAGAAGAGCCUUCUUGUUAUUACAGACGUGCAAGCCUAUAUAAUCCAGUGCUUUAGGUAGUUUGCUGUUUAUAUGAGAAUACAGCAUUUGUUUGUUUGUUAUAUCCCAUUAUUCCUUCAAGAAGGCUAUUUGUCUUUCGUAUCAAUUGCACUUUAUUAUGCUUUAUUUCUGUUAAUUGUAAUUUAUUGUAUUAUUUAUUGUUUGUUUUUCAUUUUUAAUGGCAUUUGUAAAGAUCCAUUUUGCUGAACUCAUCUGUGAUAUAAGUGCUUUUUUUAUUAUAAAUAUGUUGGGUCACUUUUUAUUUAUUGAUAAUUGUAUCCUGGGCAUAAAGAUUACAUGUAAAUGUGUUCAUUUUGAAAGGAUUAAACAUAUAAAUGCACAGGCAUAGAGAAAGGGUACAUGACUUGAAAGUAAACCAUGCAUUUCAA